UCCCAUGCUAGGACUUGUGGCGGCUGCAGCGGCCGCCUCUUCCUCGACAGGAGGAAGUGUGUGGGUUGGGGGUUGAGCAGGGGCAGGAGCAGUCCAGGAACAUCAGCAGCACUUCCAUUUUAACACGAGACCGAUAGAGACAGAGACCAGAGGGGGAAGCUGAGACAAAGUGAGCUCUUUGACUUGCCUGUGAUCAGCCUGCAAGCACAUUCCAGCAGAGGGAAAUGAUUCUCUCAGCCUCCGCUAAGCCCGUGUGACGGGGCCAAGCACUCUUCCCCCGGAUCCUAAACUCGCUCACAAAAGGAUCCCAAAGGCAAAGAAAGGAGAGUUAAAGGGCCCGUUUUCAGCUUGUUAAGCACGACCCAGUCUGAAGAAUGGAGGAGGGAUACGAACUGGACCUGACUUACGUGACGGAGCGCAUCAUCGCCGUGUCCUUCCCCCGGGCUUGCUCUGAGGAGAUCUACUUACACAACCUGAAGGAUGUCACUCGGAUGCUAAAGUCCAAACACUCCGACAACUACCUGAUUAUCAACCUGUCCGAAAAGAGAUAUGAUCUCUCAAAAAUGAACCCCAAGACACUGGACACGGGCUGGCCUGACCUACAUGCCCCUCCGCUGGACAAGAUCUGCACCAUUUGCAAGGCCAUGGAGAGCUGGCUGAACGCUGACCCCCUACAUGUGGUGGUCAUCCACUGCAGGGGAGGAAAAGGCCGGAUCGGUGUUGUUAUCUCAUCUUUUGUCCAUUUCACUGAUAUCUCAGCCAGUGCGGACCAGGCCCUGGAUCGCUUCGCCAUGAGGAAAUACUACGACGACAAGGUGUCAGCGUUGAUGACCCCCUCGCAGAAAAGGUACGUAUGGAUCCUCAACAGUCUUCUGAGUGGAUCCAUGAAGAUCAACGCCUCCCCCUUGUUCCUGCACUGUAUCGUUCUUCAUGGGAUUCCCAACUUUGACGCUUCUCGAGUUUGUCGGCCCUAUUUAAGUUACCAAGGGAUGCAAGCGGUUUACUCCUCAGGGGUCUAUCACAUUGGUCCAGGACACAGAGACAGGAUAUGUAUUAAUCUGGAGCCUGCACAGCUGCUGAAAGGAGACAUAAUGGUGAAAUGCUACCACAAGAGCGAGGUCACCUCAGAACGUGAGGUCGUCUUCAGACUCCAGUUCCACACGGGAGCCGUGCAGGGCUUCAACCUCGUGUUUGAGAAGGAGGACAUGGAGAACGCUAACAAAGAUCCCAGAUUUCCGGAUUACGGGAAAGUGGAGCUGGUGUUCUCCGAGGGUCCAGAGAAGAUCCCGGGUGCAGAGAGAUGGCAGAACGGGUCAGACGUGAGUGUGGACUACAACAUGGCCGACCCUCUGACCAGAUGGGACUCCUACCACAACAUCUGCGACGGAGAAGCGCCACGCUCCCAGAUCCAGGAGAAAGCCCUGGGCACCAUCAAAAGAAGCCCCAACGGAGGAGCCUCCACGCUGGGAAGAGGUGUCCGUGCCACCUCCACCACCUCCAGCCCCGAUCACAGCGACCACGCCCUGUCUGCCAGCAGCGACUCAGGCCUCUCCAGCACCUCCCUGUGGGCUGACAGACCAGCCCCCACCGUCAUCUCCUCCACCACCUCCACCACCUCCACCAUUAAGCCCAACCAGGGGCCCAGCCGUCAGGAGAAGGCCCAGCUGAAGCGCCUCCUGAGCGGGUUUGGCCUGGAGGAUCCCUCCCUGGAGGAGAUGGCCGACAACGGGCCGGGGGUGGGCGUCCAGCGGCUCGUCCCGGCCCAGGUGCACGUGAACGGGGACCCGCGUCCCCGCGAGAGGGAAACGGACAUCCUGGAUGACAUGGUGCUGAUGUCUGGCCACGACCUGCGCAGCGUGGACAGCCUGGGGACGCUGUCCUCCUCCUGCCACAAGAGCAGCCAGAACUCCCUGCUCUCCGACGGCUUCUGCAGCCCCGGAGGAGAGGAGCAGCAGCAGCCCCCCAGCCAGCACCACGUCCUCCAGCAGCAGCAGCCCGCCCCGCCCACCAUGGAGGAGUACGAGCGCACCUACGUGGAGGCCCGCAGGGGGGGGCUGGGGCCCCGCAGUGCCUCGGUGGCCUCUUCCACCCCCGGCAGCGCCGCGCCCAAGCAGCAGGUCUACCGGCAGGGCAGCUACUCCACCCACACCUGGGUGCGGCAGCAGCAGAUGGUGGCUGCCCAGCAGUACGCCUACAUGCCCGAGGAGACCCCCCACCAGGGGGACAUCAACGGGGACAGAUACCCAGGGGACAAACCCGACGGGAGCCUUCCCAAGCCAGCUCUACCCACAGUACCGCAACGAGAACCCAUCGAGACCCCAGCCAGCGGCCAGAGAACAGUGGCGGUGAGCCGCGAGCAGCCCACGGCGACGGCGGUCAACAACAACAACAACAACGUCAAGCGCGAUGAGGAGUUCAACUCCCUGACGGUGGACAUCGACAACUCCAUCGACCAGCUCAACCAGCUGAUCAUGGACCUGGACCCCACGUUCGUGCCGGUGCCCACGCGCUCGGCGGCGGCCAACAAGAGGACGGGCGGAGGCACGCAUGUGAACGGGUCCGCCGCUCACGGCGCCGGGCACAGACUCCCAGAUAACGGUGCUGCCGCCGCCCUGCAAAACACACACCAGACAGCUGUCCAAACCUGUGACGUCGACAGAGCAGACGGUCUACGCGCCCUGAGUCGUCAAGGAAGUGACGUCACAGACCACCCGGACUUCUGCAGCUCUGGCUGGGGCGUGAGCGUGGUCCAGGAGUACCGAAACACGAGGACAUACUCUCCCUGCGUUCCACACUCCCAGUUGGGCAGGCGCUGGGAGGGACUCCUGAGCACUGAGCAUGGCAUGCUGUACAGCAGUGACAGCGUGGACUACCGCCCACUAGGCCCGGAUAUGGACAGUGGGGUGGAUCCAGGCAGCGACAUGGCUCCUCCCACUCCUGCCUUCCCCAUCUCCCCUCCCACGCCCUAUGUGAAAAACAUGGCAGAGUUUACUCAACUGAGGCAAACUCCAUCUCCCAGCAUGCCCUCUUAUAGAGACUACAGGACAGAGCAUGACACACACACAGAGCACCAUGGUUACUCCGAGAUGAUCGGCCAUGUUAGACUCUCCUCAGACGAGGGCCUGCCCGACUCCUCCCACAAUUGGCAUCGGCCAUUUGGCGCCAGACCCUCCGCCUCCACUCUCCAGAGGACAGACAGCCCAUCCACGGGACAGCCCUGGCCAGAGGGGCCUCUUCUCAGCCGCCACUCCUCCCUCAGUGCCUACCCUACACCCAGACUUCCCCCUUCCCACUCCAUGUCCCUGGACUAUGGCCAGCACUCCCCUCCUCUGCCCCACGUGCACCCCCACCCCGCCCCCAACGCUCACAGCUCCCCGCGCGGAGGCCAGCGGGUCCGCUCCGCCCGCCACGCCUUCGCCCGCAGCCCCGCCACGUGCAGCUUCGACGAGCAGGACGACUCCGGCCUGGGCCACGGCGCGGACUGCCCCGCCUCGGCCUCCUCCCUCCUGGGCAACGGAGGCAUGGACAGAGGCCUCCUGACCUCCGCGGACGGCCCAGGCAGAGCCCAGGGCCAGCCCCCUCUGCUCCCCGAGAAGAGGAGGGCAUCAGACGGGGAGCAUUCCCUGGGCACGGCCUCUCCGGCCCUCAGUGGCUUCUCCAGUCCCCAUAGCGGGAGCUCCUUGAGUAUCCCCUUCCCCAACGUCCUGCCAGACCUCUCAGCCCAGACAUCACGCACCGCCUCUCCCUUGCCAGAUGUUCUGGCGAGCAAGCAGGUGACUGUCAAAUUUGUGCAAGACACAUCAAAAUUCUGGUACAAGCCAGAUAUCUCAAGGGAUCAAGCCAUCUCAGUCCUGAAGGACAAAGAGCCAGGCUCCUUCAUCGUCCGAGACAGCCACUCCUUCAGGGGGGCCUAUGGGCUGGCCAUGAAGGUGGCCACGCCCCCUCCCUCUGUCCUGCAGCAGAGCAAAAAAGGUGGAGAUCUGUCCAACGAGCUAGUCCGUCACUUCCUGAUUGAAUGCACUCAAAAGGGAGUUCGGUUGAAGGGCUGUCCAAAUGAGCCCUACUUUGGUAGUUUGACUGCGUUGGUGUGCCAGCAUUCAAUCACCCCUCUGGCCCUGCCCUGUAAGCUUAUCAUACCAGACAGAGAUCCUCUGGAAGAUGUGAUGGAGAACACCUCCCUGUCAGUUACCAACUCUGCUGCCGAGCUACUGAAACAAGGAGCAGCCUGCAACGUGUGGUUCCUGGGCUCCGUGGAGAUGGAGUCUCUGACAGGAUACCAGGCGGUGCAGAAGGCCACUAGUGCCAUCCUGGACUCUGAGCCCGUGCCCACCUCCACGGUGGUCCACUUCAAGGUGUCCUCGCAGGGCAUCACGCUCACCGACAACCAGAGGAAGCUGUUCUUCAGGAGGCAUUAUGCUGUCAGUACCGUCAUAUUCUGUGCUCUGGACCCACAGGACAGGAGGUGGACAAAAGACGGCUGCACUUCAGCAAAGAUUUUGGGCUUUGUUGCCAGGAAGACGGGUAGCGCCAUGGACAACGUGUGCCACCUCUUUGCCGAGCACGACCCUGAACAGCCAGCCAGUGCCAUAGUCAACUUUGUAUCCAAGGUGAUGAUUGGUGCCCAGAAGAUCAAAUAGGCCCAUGCCACAUGCCGUGAGCUAAUUGGCUGGCAUGAUCGUUUCCAGGAUUGUACACAAGGAAGUGAUCAAACUUCACUCUGGCGAUAUGAAGCAGGUCAUCAAGAAGGAGGUGGACAGGGCUCUGUAGGAGACUCCCACCAUCCUGGUGUGGGAGACAAAGUAUAGUGGACCCUGGGAGAUUGGUGUUCGAAUGAGUAGGAACAUACUCACAAACCCAUGACCCAUCAUCAGUUCAAAGCAUUAUAUCAACAAAGACAGAAGGGAGAGGGAGGGGGGUAAUGGAGUGAACUCAACACCCUAUCUUGAAUGGGGACCAUAUCAGUGUGGAUGAAUAGAGCUUACAUGGCUGCUAUUGGAUACUGUCUCCCAGUGGAAUACAUUUUAAAUUCCUGGUGAUGGGCCCUGACAAACUAUAUUUGAAUGGACUCUCUUCUAUUGAUGAGCAUAAGGGACACAGCAUGAGCAUCUCAGAGGAAAAUGCAAAAUUGUUCCAUUGUCAAUUUAACUGCUACACAUGUUAAUAUUUCAGUGUCUAGUGGGUAUCCAGUUUGUAUGUUGGCCAUGGUUUUGACCCUGUGUUUUCCUUAUAAAAUGUAAUUCUUAUUAUUUUUAUGCACAGGAACCCCUCCUCAUGGCUAUACUCUCUCAUUGUCCAUGUGGCUUGCAUGUAAAGCUGCAUUUCUAAAUGUCUUCAAGCUAUUAAAGGUGUAAUAGGUAAGGUUUUUCUGUACAAAAAUAUGUUGUUUAGCAACUCAACACCAGUGGAAUGUUAAUUUCUCAUUUUGGAGCGGGCCGCUCUUUUCCAACCAAUUAUGUUCCAGCCAAUCACUUUCAGUGAGGCGAACCUUCCUUUUCUGGCUUAUUUUGUGAAACCACUGUCAAUCAAACUUGAGCUGGAUGAAAGCAUGGAAGUUCAGACAAGAAUUGGGAGCACUGUUUCUUCUUUUUGAAUUCAUUUUAUAAUGUUACCUAUUGCAGCUUUAAAGUAUGUUAUAUACUUCUACAAGAUAUCUUCUCUUCACUUACUCUAUGCAAUGGAAAAAUUAUUUUUUUAAUGUACUGUACCAUAUUUUUGAUUAUAUAUUUUAAAAUAGUAUUUACUCUAUGCUCAUGAUCAAAUUAUACAAUAAUAUUAUCUCACUGUCAAAAUUACCACUAUAAAGAAAAAACUAUACAGCAAAAAUAAAUUGGACAGGAGUGUGCAUGUGUUGAAAAAGAAAUGAAUAAAACUACCAAACUAAAUAUUUUAUGUAAACCUUAAUAUAUUGUAGGUAAGCGGACAUGAAUAGAUCAAAGAUUCAUCUGUACUUUUUUAAGACAUUCCACUUAGUUUAUUGAAUUGUCAUUUUACUGCAGAUGUUGGCCUAUAAUCUAUACACAUAUUUUGUAAUGGCUUAGUAAAAAAAAACAUAUAUUAGAGGACUUUUGUAUAUUGUGAUUGAAAUUUUGUUAGGAAUGUCAAAAAACAACAAGUAGUUGUUUCAGACUAUUUCAUGAGUUCUAAAGUUGUGCUUAUAAAGUCCAAACAUAUCUUUUGAUAUAUAGGUUUAGAGCCGGGGUGGUCAACUCUAACAUUGGUCGUUAUUCUUGAGAUGACAAUUCUGCUGUCAUUCUUUCUUUCUAACCUGAGGAGGGACCAAACACAUCCAACAUGUUGCUAAAUGCUGUAACCGUAAAAUGUGUAUAUUGGUAUUCUGUUGUAUGUUUGUCAUAUAUUGUAGUUUUAAAGUGUACAUCCCAUAAUUGUAUCUUCACUUACCUCUCUAAUCUAAUUUGGCUAUGAUUCAUGUUGAUCUGUGGUCCUUCAUACCUGUUGUUGUGUAUAUUGGAAUUGCAUUGUCAAUGUUGGAUGUACAUAAAUAAAAGGGAAAACUUU